GCUUGUGCAGUUUCCAUUUGCGAUUUAUUCAUUCGGUUGGUGACACGGCAACGAGGUGUUUGUUGGAUUCAGGUCGCAAGGCAAGGACUCAACCUUGAAAUGGCGAAAUUGUGCAAAAUCUCUUCCAUGAUUUCAAAACGGGCCAUGAUAAGAUUGGUGUGUUUUGGCGCAGUGGCGUAUGUUUCCGUGUUAGCUGUUUUCCAGUGGCCUCGACAACCAGUUAUGACAAAUGUAAUACAACGUAUGUGUGAACGGUCCCCAGCCUUUAGACCUACCUGUUCCUGUCAAGAGCGCAAAAUGACACUGCCAAGACCCUCUCCGCAACCUUCCGUCAUUCACACAGCCAAUCAGACGAAACGGUUGCCAGAAAAGCAACACGUUGCUUUCGUUAAAACGCACAAGGCUGCCAGUUCCACUGUCCUCAACAUUCUUUACCGGUUUGCAAGUGAACGAGGCCUCGUAAUUAUUCUACCUAAGGUGGGUAACUAUCUAACAGGCAGAUAUCUUAACAAGACGAGGAUCUUUCCGCCGCCUAAAGGGAAGAAGUUUGACAUUCUCUGCAACCAUGCUUUAUUUAACUACACAUCCUUCUCGUCCUACCUCCCAACUGACACAGAAUACAUUGGCAUUGUGAGAGAACCAUUUCAAAGAUUCGUCUCGGCUGUACACUAUUUUAGAUUUACACAACCCAAAGAAUACCUUCAACGAAUUCCUGGGAGGCGCGGUGCGAUUCUGAAGACCUAUCUCGAGAACCCGAUGGCUUGGGAACCGGAAAACCCCAUGCAGUCCAUGACUAAUAACAGAAUGGCCAUAGAUUUUGGAUUUCCUGCUCAGCUCUUGCGCAACGAGUCCUUGUUCGAUGAAUACUUGAUAUCUCUCAACAAAACGUUUCGUGUAGUGAUGAUUGCUGAGCAGUUCGACGAAUCGCUUGUCCUGGUGAAGCGAACUCUGAACUGGAGCCUCAAGGACGUGAUAUAUACCAUUAAAAACAGAGCUCGUUUUAAAAUAAGGGUUCCUGGAAUUGAAGGAAAGUUAAUGAUGAAUUUUUAUCAGGUGUCAAAUUUAGAUAAAAAACUUUACGAUUUCUCCCUGAAGAGAUUCAGAAAGCAAAUUGAACAGGAAGGUCCUGAUUUUCAUAAAGAGGUGGAAUAUUUCCGAACAUUGCGAGAAAACGUUGCAAGUUUCUGCACUCGUUGGCAACGCAAACCUAAACUUGAGAUCCCACCCAGCAACUGGUCACGUGGAUUCAGCGUGACCAGACGCGAGUGUACGUUACUACGUUUAGAAGAACUACCCUUUGUCUCGUAUCUUCAAAAUCAGCGCAAGAAUGACCUUUUGGGUUUUGGGGCUAAUAAUGACUUUAUGAAAUCAAUACCUCUUUGACUGAUAGUUUGUACCAAGAAGUUACAUCAUCUUAAAGAGGCACUCCGUUCUACAGUCUGGCGCCAUUUCUGGUCAAUCUCAUUAAACUCAGAUCUAAGUUCUCGUUGCCGCUAAACAAAGAUCUGAGGACAUCCCAUUACGGGUCACGUCAGAACG